CCAAUGCGUCAGGUGGCUUCCGAUCGAGCACGGAGGGAGUUUCUCACACGUUGGGGCCACGAGUUUGAGGGCCCAGAAUGGGCGAACGCAGAUGGGCCCAAGAUGAGUCUAAGAAGUGAGAAGCAGCUUUUUUGCAGCUCCGUAUGCCGCGCAAGCUUCAUGAGAGGAACAAUGAUUGAGAACCCUGGUGGGUGGAGGCAGAGGUUCAUCAGGAGGAAUUCUUGCUUUCAUUGGCCUUUCCGUGCAAGUGCAAGGCGUCCCAGGGAAGUCUUCCGCACCGAGGAGGAGUCCAGCUCAGGUAGCACCAAUGCAGCUGAUGACUUUGAGCUUCUGGUGCCCUGCGGUCCUGGAGAGAUUUUUCCUGAAAACAGAUCUGCACGAGUUAGAGUUCGUGAUGUCCAAAAGGAGAGGCCAAUUGAAGGCACAGAAGCCUGGUGGAUUGAAAAGAGAAGCAAGGAAGAAAAGGAUUUGAAGACGACGAAGUUCUCUGCACUGCUUCAGGAGUUGGUCAGUGCAUUGGCAUCAGAAACAGCCAUGGAGGCCAUGUGUGCUACACAUUUGGCUCACUUGGGCAAGGCCCUCGAGGCCAGGUGCUACACCCUGCGACUCGACCAAAUCUGUCCGGCCUUGAAACUGCUUGGCCGUGCCUGGAAGACGGUCGAGGCCGCCUCCAAGCCUUCCGUCACAAGGUCGACCCUAGUGGUGCGAGAGCACUGGCGUCGCAUGAGCGAGGAGCUUCGGAUCUCCUGUCACUUCCUGGCCGAGCGGGUCUCGGCGGAGGCGUUGACCGGGAAGAUCUCAACAGUCACCAAGAGCCUCCAGGCUCUCGCAGAGUCAGAGACCUGUUCUCAAGAGCGCCUUGAUGCUCACCUGGCGCGCAUCAAGGCAACUGCGUGA